GGUUGUUUACUGAAUGAUCUAUUUCUGCCUUCUGUGCGUCGGGCAAUAAACGUUGCGAUACUGCGCGUCUGUUGGUCUCGAAUAAAAGGGUGAAUGUGGUUGAAGGGAGUAUGGGAGGAGUUAGAGUUUAAAGGGAUGUAGGGGAAGGAGGCAGGAACUGAGGAGGGGUUAAAUCAGCAGGAAACAGGUUGAGGGAUGGAGCUGGUGACUGAGGUAGGGAAAGUCCCAAGCAAAGUUUGGGUUAGGUUGUCAGUUUACGGCCACUGGAAUAAUUAUUUUUCUUCUGUUUGCUAUUACAGUAAACUCUUUCCGCCUGGCUCCACUGUACUCUGGUCCACGCCUUCCUUAUCCCCGUCCAGUUCAAUUCGCGUUAAUUUGGGGUCCGGGCUUUAUAUUAUUUUUAUUAGGGGGACCUAAGCAUUGCGUUGUGUGUAGGGAACAUUAUUCAGUCAGAGAGAGGUUUUACCAUCAUUGGAGUGAGUGCACCGUCUAUUUUUUUUUGUAGGUGAUCUGUGGACAUUACCCCACAGAUAAUGUUUUGAUUGUGGGCAUUGGUUUAAUAUUAUGGGUUAGGGUUACGAUUAGGUUUGGUGCUAAUCUGGUCAUACGCACAAACAAUGAAGUUCUUGCUUGAACUCCUAGAAUUUCAGUGGACAACUUAAAAUGUAUAUAUUUGCGUAUGUUUGUACAAGCUCUGAGCCAUUGUCAGUUUGUUCACUAAAGCAUUUGAAAGAGUUGCUCUUGCACUGGACACCCUUAAGGCGAAAGUACAAUAACAACCCCCGUUUGAUGGGCCUCGCUGCCCGUUAACAAUAAAAGUUAAUGAUGAGAACUUGGAAUCAAAAAUGGCUUUAUAUUUCGGAUUCAAAUCUGCAUUAAAAUUUUUGAAUGAACAGAUGAUUUGCUUUUUUUGUGGCACUGACUGAGGGAUAUUGAUACUGUUUAAAAGUCUUAAUAUAGGAAAAGUGCUAUGAGAUCAAUUAAAGACAAGCAUGUUAUGGAACUGAAUUUGUGUGUCUUGUAUAGCUAAAGGCCACAUUCUGGAAAUGUGAAAGAAUAAACCUUCUGGAAACACUGUGUAGUGCUAUUAGCAUCAAAUGGUUUUCAAAAUACCUGUGCAAUUGUGGAGCAACCAACAAUGGAAAGACUUUGCAAAAGAAACAAACAUAUUACUGUUGUUAAAGGUGAAAUAAAUUUCCCAACCAAGCUGAAAGAAUUACAGAACUCUCCUAAUUUUGCUCAGUUUUUACCUCAAGAGCUAACUCUGAAAAUUUUCAGUGAAUUGGACAUUCAAAGCCUGUCAAGUGCAGCAAUGACAUGUAAAGCUUGGAAUUAUUUGAUCGAAAACAGUGACUUUCUGUGGCGUAAUCACUGCUUGACAACAUUGGCUGUCUGCAAAAGAGAACUACUAUGCGAUAGAGCAAGCGGAUUUUCGUGGAAGGUUACCCUGGUGAGAAAUUACAAGAAAAGCAACAUAAAACAAGCAUGGUUGAAUGGUCAUUAUAGUUACAUUCGUUCUGCAAAUGAACUUCUGCAUAAAAAUAUGUGCGAAAUGGAUGCCGAUGCAUGGGGAGAGAUAUUAGAGGCUGAAUUGGAAAGAUGAAAGCCUGGGAAUUUAGUUGUGUGGAGCAGCAUUCUUGUACUCUGCAAUCCAGAUUUAAAGUGUAAAAAAAAAUCAUGAAGGAAAUUUUGGGGCUUGCUGUGAGUUUCACUUUAGAUUCUCCAUGCUUCUGACACACUAACGCGCAGAGGCGGUCAAAUGUGUGGUGUGAUAUCCAGUGGCAUGUAACAUAUUCCUGGACAAAAUAUCUGUUAAUUUACACCACAAAUGAAUAACUUAUGGAUGACGCAGGGCACUUCUAACAGCUUGAAUAGCUUAUUUUACCAUUAAUUAAAUAUGUGAAGUCCACUGCUGGAAGCUCAUCUCCAAUUGUUCCUCUUCAGACAAAAACUUGUCUGUUUUUUGCUGUUCUGAGCACUCCCCCCUGCCCUUACUCCAGUGCCCUUCACCCUGCUCCAUUGGCCAGUGAAGAUCAUGAACACAACUCCCACCUCAGCCAUAUUAGCCCUCAACACUGAUUUCCAGUAAGAUACCCACUCCCACCCCUCUCACUCUUCACUCACCACCAUUUCCCAGCCUCAGUCAACCCUUGCCCCCAGUCUCCAGCUUAGCAGGAGUCCCCUUGAACCUACUACACCCUUCAAUAUAAUGUCUUGUCCAAUUGUAACUGCAAUAUAUCCACAGUAACCUUUCACCCCUUGCUUCUCAAUAGCCUCUGCUGUAAAAAUAUUCAGGUUUAGUUUCUGCUGUCCUUUAAGGAAAGAAAGUUUCAAAAGACUCAAGUGCCUCUGAGAGAAGAAACCUAGCCUCAUUUCCUUCUUAAAAGAGUGGCGCUUUACUUUUAAAUAGUGACCCAAAGUUCCGGCUUCGCUUGUGAGUAAACUUCUGCUCAACAUUCCCUCAGGGGCUUGUAUAUUUCAGUCAAGUCUAAACUCCAGCAGAUAGGUGCCUAGCUUCUGUAAUGUUUUCUCACAAGGCAACUAUCCUAAACCAAAUAAAAUUUUCAUGAAUUGCUUUCACCAUUCUUUAAGUUAAGAGAUCAAUAUUGUGUACAACACUGAGAUGUGGUCUCACCAAUACUCUAUGUAAGUGAAGCAUACACUCCCAAUAUGCUUAUUAAUUUGCCAUUGCAAUAAACAGGAAUAUUACAUUAAAUUCCUUACUCUCUUGCUGUAUCUAUAAACUGGCCUAUUAUGAAUCAUCCACAUUAUCUUUGGAACUCUUCAAAUUCUCCCUAUUAAUUAAUAUGUUGCCUUGUUUAUUUUUCCUGCCAAAAUGGACGAUUUCAUAUUUGCCCCGUAUUAUUGAUCAGAUAUUUGUCUCCUACUUAACAUAUUUAUAUUAUUUUCGUAGGUUUAUUAUGUCAUCUUCACAACUCCUUUACCUACCUUUGUGACCUAUACUUUCUCCAUGUGUGACACCCACCCUCCUCAACCAACCUGACAUAUUUUCCACUUCGUUGUGCUACCACCAUCUCCCAACACCUUCUAACAAUCUUCCAUUUACCCUUUUACUGGUAUCUUCUGACUACCAUCAAUGUCCAAUCAUUCCUGCUUUCUCCCCUCAGUUGCUUUGACCCUCGAAUCAUUCAGCUUCUCCCCUCCACACUCCAUGACUCAUAUUUGGAAUUAUGACUUACAUAUUUUCCAUGUGUAUUCAUAAUGGCCGACUUCAGAAAUGAAAGGCCUUUGAGUGUGCAAGUGUUCUAUAGCAAGGAACAACCUGGCCCUUGUACACUAUAGAAUUUUAUGGCCAUUUGCCCUCAUUGGUUCAAUUGGCAGCACCUAUUCAAUGCACUUUUCCAGACUUACAAACUUCUAAGUUAAAAAAAGGAUUAAGUUUAGUUAUUUUUGUGGCAUUGUGCACUUAAAAAGAUGUAAUUGUUUUUAUUUGUUGUGUUUAGAUGUUAAAAAUUAUAUUGAAUUUGAAAACCGUCUUUCUAUUGUUAGGCUACAAAUAUUUAAUACAGUGAUAUUGAAAGGUACUUAUAGUUAAGUAUCUUUAAAAAUGUUUUACACACUCUUUUAAGCACCUUUGUUUUACUUUUGAAGAGGCAUUAUCAUGAAAAUCUAAUAGUAUUGUAGUUUUUGAAUUCUUUGUCUUUUACCCUUUAAAAAUAAACGUUGAACUUGGAAUGC